CUAAGGAGUAUGGGUAGGCUCAUGCUGUCAAAUUGUUCGAAGGAAUGUGACUCUGAUUGUCUUUUUAGUUUGCUGUAUUAUUUAUUUUUCUAUGGAGUGCAUGUAUAUCUGAGGUUGUAGUCUGUAUUGAUGGAGUGUUGUUAGUUGGUCCUGAAUGGAGGUUACAUGUUUACUAGUAAUCACACGUUUAGUUGAAUACUGGUGAAAUAUCAAUGAAGACACCAACAACUGCAACAGAGUGGCAUAGACACCGAAAUGACCGUGUGCGUCUAACUGAAUAGCAAGAAACCUUAUGUGGAAACAGCUGGUCUUUCUCCGAUCAUUUUCAUUUACAUGGUGCACCGGAGGAGGUGAUGGUCUAAUAAAGUCUCACCCCAGAAGGUCGUUUCAUUUAUAUUCUGGAUCGGCCAUGGCCAAGAGUAAAUUCGAGUAUGUCCGCAUUUUCGAGACUGACGACACGUGUCUGAGAAACUGCUACAUAGUCGUGCGUCUGGAUGGCCGCAACUUUCACAGGUUUGCGGAGCAGCACAGCUUCGCCAAGCCCAAUGACGCGCGCGCCCUGGGCCUCAUGACCCGCAGUGCCCGAACGGUAAUGGAGGAGCUGGAGGACAUCGUGAUCGCUUAUGGGCAGAGCGAUGAGUACAGCUUCGUCUUUAAGAGGUCCUCAAAUUGGUUCAAGAGGAGAGCCAGCAAACUGGUGACGCAUGUAGCCUCCCAGUUCUCCUCCAGCUAUGUUUUCCAUUGGCGUGAUUAUUUUGGGGAGCAGCAGUUGUUCUACCCCCCAGGCUUCGACGGCAGGGUGGUCCUCUAUCCCAGCAACCAGAACCUGAAGGACUAUCUGAGCUGGCGACAGGCCGACUGUCACAUCAAUAACUUGUACAACACAGCGUUUUGGAAUUUGGUGCAGAAGGGCGGUUUGAGUACCUCUCAGGCAGAAGAGAAACUAAAGGGCACCGUCACAGCCGACAAAAACGAAAUAUUAUUUUCCGAGUUCAACAUAAACUACAACAAUGAACCUCCACUGUACAGGAAAGGUACUGUGCUCAUCUGGGAGAAGGUGAAUGAGACGACGGUGAAACAGGUCAGGCUGCCUAAUGAGGACGAGAAGGAGGUGACAGUGAUCAGGAGUAGGAGCAAAGUCACGGCACAUCACUGUGAUGUCAUCGGGGAGCAGUUCUGGGAGCAGCAUCCAGAUAUCCUGGAAUCUGAUGGCUGAAUGUGAGCACAGGUGGUGAAUGACCUCUGCUGACCAUUCCUGCAGCAGCACUUAGCAAGGAGGCGCUGUAAGGGCAUUUUCAGAUCCUAAGCUUUGCUCAUCAAGAACUUUGGGUCAGUUUUAACUCUUGUGAGUUCUGAAACGCCAUAAGAUACCAGUCGGCGGUCUUAGAGGGUCUAUUGAUCAGAUAACCAGAUAUUUUUUAACCUGAAUAAAGAGUGCUCAUGUUAUACUGCUAUGAGUGGUGCCCAUGAUAACCUUGAGUUGGGAUUAGAACAGAGGGUAAGAGGAGUUGUCUAAUAAAUGUGUGCGGAGUGAGAAACUUACUUGUAAUCAGGAUGAAAUGAAUAGCAAUUUAAAAUGAGUUAAUUUUGUACUGGUGUAUUGGUGAAUAUUUAGUUGAAAAGCUAAAUAAUAAAAGGCAUUUUAAAAAAAAUCACAUGGUUCCUAUUACCCUCUAAGCCAGGGGUGAGCAAUCUUAUCCGCAAAGGGUCGCUGUGUAUGUGGAUUUUCACUGUAACUCCCUAAUUAGAGGACUGAUUAGCUGAAGAGUCCUCAUACCUGGGUGUGAACAGCUGACCUAAAGGUUACCCCCAAAACCCUCAUACACACCAGCCCUUUGCGGGUAAGACUGGCCACUUCUGCUCUAAGACAUAGUGAACGCAGCUUCUGGAGAACGUAACUGUAUCCAUCUGUUCCGGAGAAAUGCGCUGUGCUGAUGUAUCUGGUCUCUGAUUUAAAUCUCGUAAAGUUGUGUGUUUAGCUAUCAGACACCGAUGCAGUGAGUGACCGAUAGAGAUUAUGAGUGCUGUGGAUUGGGCACCCCAGAUAGACAUAUCGUAUUGAUCCGGAAAGUUCUAGGUCAAUGUGAGACGAAACCAGAUUAAACAUACUGAACCUCU